AAUGUGUAAGCGCAUUUCAAUUUUGUUUUAUAUAAGUGCUCUUGUUAAUGGAAUUCGAUCCGACAAGGAAACUAUUGAAUUUAGAUGGAUUGAGCAGAAAUUGGAUAAUUUUCAUAAGAAUCCCAGAACAUUUAAAAUGAGAUAUAUGGUCAAGGAAGAUUAUUUCAAGCCAAAUGGCACAAUAUUUUUCUUUAUUGGUGGGGAGGGAACAAUUUUAUCGCCUACUACAAAUGUUUCAAACAUUAUGUUGACCAAGAGUUUUAUGCACGACUUGGCAAAAAAGUAUGGAGGAUAUCUGGUGCACAGUGAACAUCGUUACUAUGGAGAAAGUAAGGCGACAAAAGAUCUCAGCUUAAAGUCCCUAAAAUACCUCACAGUUCCUCAGGCAAUGGCAGAUGUUGCACAACUAAUUCGAUUUUUUAAAGCAAAUACCACUUAUUUUGGUCAGUCCAAGGUAUUUCUUGUGGGAGGAUCGUAUUCAGGUUUUAUGGUGCCCUGGUUUGCCAAACUCUAUCCAGACUUGAUUGAUUUGGGCUGGGGUUCCAGUGCCCCGUUUCAGUUUAAAAUUGAACUAAAAGAAUUCUAUACAGAAGUUUUCAAAAUUGUCCAACAAAUUGGUGGUAAAAAGUGUCAUGAUGAGAUCAUAUAUGGUUUCCAAACUCUUCGAGAAGCCAUUAAAAAAGAUAAUACUUCAAAGCUUGUGGAAAUGAAUAUUUGCGGAUUUGACCACGUCAAUAAUUUUCAUGUAAUUAAUUUAUUUGAAAGAUUAACAAAAGUCAUUGGUUCUCUGGUGCAAUACGAAAAUGAAACCAAUGUUCAAAGAGCCUGCAAUGAGAUUUCGGAAACCUCUUUUACUUCCUACCUCAGAAAUAAACUUAAUGGAAAUUCGACAAAGUGCUACGACUCAGUUUCCAGUUUAACGCCUUUGCGGGAUGUUCGUUUAAUCACAGACUCAUCACGCCUUUGGUUGUACCAAUGUUGUACUCAGCUUGGAAACUUUCAGACUUCUGAAUACGUUCCACUUGAUUUUUGGCUAGAUAUGUGUGCUGAUGUCUUUGGAUACAAGUUUUCCUACUGUUACAUAAAUAAAAAGGUGAAAAACACUGAUCAUAACUUUAGGGACUUGGACAGCAGUGAAAAGAUGCAGCGCGUCUUCCUAACCCAGCCAGAAAUGGACGCUUGGUCAGCUACUAAGGUGAGAAAACACAAUCGGACUUAUAUUUUAAAGGGGGCCACUCACUGCGAGGACUUACAGCCAUCAGCAGUGAAUGUAAACCCAUCCAUAAGAACACUGUUGAUGGACAUCGAAUUCGAAGUGCAAAAAUUACAAAAUGAUUAGCCACUUUAAAUUGUAUUAUUCCAUUUACAAAAAGCUGUAGUGCAGUUCU